AUGGGCGAUCGAACUCUCUACGUCCCCUCGCACGAGGGAGACAACGUACUCCCUAAUUCGCCUUGGUUCCACAAGCUGCUUCGAUAUGCGCAGCGCAUGACACCAAGAGUCGCCAUCAGAGACGUGAACGCAGGCUUUGAGAAGACAUACCAUGAUCUGAUAUCCGAUGUGCUGUCGUUUCGCAACCACCUCAGACGACAAAUGAGCUCUCAGACGCUGCGGGACUUAGCAGAGGACAAGGAGGUUUAUAUUGGUUUGCUAGCACCGGGAGGCUACGAGUACACUGUUGGGUUUAUUGCGAUUGUCGCACUUGGUGCAGCAGUAGUGCCAAUGGCCGCAGGAUUACCCGUCGAAGAAGCCACAUAUUUCCUCAUGAAAGCACAAUCCGUUGCUCUUGUGGCAAGUUCAACCAGCGAGACCCUGGCACGGUCCAUCGUACAGUCCAUGGGAAAGAAAAAGAACUUCCACAUUCUCUGUAUAUCGCCCAUCGAAUCCUUUUUCAGUACUACACUCCUCCCCGCAAGCAAUAUAGUUAUCUCGUCGAACCGAAUGUUGGAUAUGAAUGGCGCGAGCGCGGUAAUCUUUACUUCUGGCACGACCGGCCCACCAAAAGGCGCCGUCCAGCGCCGUACCUGGCUCACAGGCAACGCCGAGACAGACGGGGACUUCUACGGCAUCACUGAGAAAGACGUCGUUCUCCACACCCUGCCUGUCCACCAUGCCUCUGGAGUGGGACUCACAUUCCUCCCCUUCCUCACGGCAGGUGCCUGCAUCGAGUUCCGAAGUGGAAGCUUCAACACAGGCUGGACGUGGGAGCGUUGGCGUCAGGGUGGGCUCACAUUCUUUUCCGGUGUACCGACUAUCUACAUGCGGAUGAUGCGAUAUUAUGAAGAGAAUAUUGCCAACCAAGCUCCUCAUGUAUGCGAUCAAUAUAUUUCUGGGGCUCGUGGGAUUCGCACGAUGCUAUGUGGUUCAUCCGCGUUGCCGGGUCCUGUUCAGGAUUUCUGGGAAGAACUGCGACAGAAGCCAAUUUUGACGAGAUACGGUGCGACUGAGUUUGGUGCGGUCAUUAAAACCGAUCUGGAUUCUCGGGACACGCCGCGGAAUAGUGUUGGUCGGGUCGCUGAAGGAGUCUCUCUCAAGUUGGAAGACGACGGUCACCUUCUUGUGAAGUGUCCCUACAUGUUCUCUAAGUAUCUUCAUGACGAGAAAGCCACCGCAGAAGCCCACGACAAGCAAGGCUAUUUCAAGUCAGGCGACAUAGCAUCUCGACAAGGCGACUACUAUUUCAUCCUCGGCCGCGCUUCCAUCGAUAUCAUCAAGUCAGGGGGAUACAAGAUUUCGGCACUGGACGUAGAGCGGGAGAUCCUCGGUUUGGACUAUAUUUCCGAAGUCAUGGUCGUAGGUGUUGAGGACGAAGAAUUCGGUCAAAGAGUCGCAGCCACUGUCAGCCUGAAGACUGAUCAAAAUACGACUCGCAAGAGCCUUACGCUGGCUGAAUUGAGAGGGGAUCUGAAGAAUAAGCUUGUGGGUUACAAGAUUCCUACUAUUCUGCGUGUGAUCAAGGGUGAACUUCCUAAGUCGGGGACUGGGAAAGUGCAGAAGAAGAUAUUGGGGCCGAUGUUCUUCCCGACCCAUUAUCGGAAUGUCCCUGAAAUUCAGGUAUGGAGUAAGGAGGCGAGGGCAAAGCUUUAA